AUGUCUCCAGUCCCUGCGCCCCGCACGCUGUCCUCAGCAGGUCCUCUGGACGCCCGAGUGCCUCUGGCUGCCAACACUGGGACACUGUGUCCGGCCUCUGUGGUGGGCCGAGGCGGCGCCGGCUGUCCGCUCCCUCAGUGUGGAGCCAGACUACUGCUGAGGUGGAGGGCAGCCACCGUCCCACAGCUGUCUGACCAGCAGGCAGAGCGGAAGCCGCAGUUUCACUACCUGUUUCCGACCUUUGGGAGCGCGCCGGCCUCUGCAGACGGCAGUGGGCCGCAGGGAGACCGCGGCCGCACCCCUGCCACUGCUGCGCCGCCCACGGCUGCCCGCACCACUCCUCCGCCAGAUGACUCUGCUGUCUCUCGCCUUCGGACCCUUCCUGAAAAGGAGAAGAAUAGCAGGCUGAUUCAAGCAGCGAAAGGGGGUGCAGUUACUGAGCUGCAGACGCUGCUGGGAGCUGGUGCGGACGUGGGAGCGAGGGAUGAGGGCGAGAGCAGGUGGACCACCCUGCACUGGGCUGCAGACAAGGGACACGAGAAGGCAGUGAGGUGCCUUGUGGAGGGUGGAGCAGACAUGAACGCCAGGACCAGUGGCUGGCAGGAGACGCCCCUGCACAGGGCUGCAUACAGUGGCCACGAGGCUGUGGCGCGGUUUCUGCUGGAGGCAGGGGCGGAAGUUGAUGCCAGGAACAAAACGCAGAGCACGCCCUUGCUCUUGGCUGCAGAGAAAGGGCACGCGGCGGUGGUGCGGCUGCUACUGGCCUCCACGCCUUACCACAGCGCCAGGAAUCAGUGGGGGCGAACACCGCUACACGAGGUGGCUCUGAACGGCCACGCAGAGGCGGCCUCUGCACUGCUCGAGGCAGGGGCCGACCGCUGGGCGAGGAAUAACGAGGGCAAUACCCCACUGGACCUCGCCAGGCAGAAAAACCACCAGCAGCUGAUAGACAUGCUAAAGUGA